UUUGAAAAUAAAAGUGACAAAAACCGAAUGCAUAUUGCUAGAUUUUCGAAAUUAUUAAUCUUCUGUUAUUUGUUUUGUAAAAUGGAAAGAAAUUAUAUUUAUAGUGUACAAUUUGUGUGUAAAGAUCUCUAAAUGAUGAGUGUAUCUUUUCUGAUAUUAAUUUCUGUUUUUUGAAGACAAUGUACACUUUGAAAGGAAUUUUUCCAGAACCCAAAAAGGAACAAAAAAAGAACUUCAUAAGAGAAAAUAUGAAACAAUUAAAGUUUAUACAAGGCAAAUCACCUAAAGAACCAAAAUAUACAUUAAAAAGUGGUCAUCCUCCACGCUUUGCGAGCUCCCUUGCGGCUUCGAACACACUAGGACAAGUCAAGUCCUCUCCAUCCAAUAAGAGUGGGAAGGUAAUACUUAAUAUUGGCAAAACCAGUGCCUUGGGUGGUCGCAAAAAGCUCCCAGAUGUACGAAUAAAGAAAGGUGAUAUGGCAGAAUUUUUAAAAAGAAAAGAACAAAGACAGUCACAUGUGCAAGAAGAUCAAUCAGACGAUGAGGUGAAAUCAACGGAAUCAUCUGGAAGAUUGCGGGAUAUAGGCUGUCAAACAAUCGAAAGCAAUCUCUCUCAACGGCUCGAGAGUGCCAAGCUAACUAUGUUGUAUAAUAGGGAGGAAGACAGUGAAACUAAAAUUAAGGCAAGUGGAGACUCUGGACAACACAAAAGUCCCUCACCAGUGUCUCACACACCUAGGAGGGCUGGUGAUGAUUUAAUGGAAGAGAGAAAUAGGAGUAGAUUAAAUUCUAUUUUGGAGAAGAAAGAUAAAGACCCAUAUUUGCCUCCAGGAUACCAAAAAGGAGUACUACCAAGGUAUCUCCGAGAAAGGAAAGAGCAAGAGGCGAAGGAGCUGGAGGGGGCGAAAACAAAUGACGAUCACAUCGCAUGUCCACCGGGACAUGUUACACUGCCUGAUAAUGAGAAACGGGAGACUUUGCGGAUGCUGAGGAUUAGUUUUGCCGAAUUGGUGAAUGAGUUAAACAAAAUGCCAGUCAAAACAGAUACGUUGAGGAUGCGAAACCGCAAAAUGGAACUCGAGAAACAACUGGCUAAGCUUGAAGAAGGCAUCAAAGUGUUUUCUCGGCCAAAAGUAUUUGUUAAAAUUGGAGAGUAACUUGUAGUUUUUAUAAUCAAUAUUUGACGCUUAAGUCUUUGUGUUUACUUUUUCUCACUUGGGAAAUUUUUGUGAUGUUACUAGAACAUUGUUAAUGUAAUAAAUUAAUGAGAGGCAAAUUUUUCCAUAUGCGACUCCAGGAAAAAGUUAAUGAUGACACAGAGCCAAUGAUUAGAAUACAGACAUGUGACAUGUGACAUGUUUCUGAUUAUAGCUCACUGCUAUAAAUUUUUGUAAUUGUAUGUCUAAUAUUUCCAUAUGAUUUAUUGAAAAGAAAAACUUGUUCAUAAAUGUUUUUUAUCAAAUUUUUAAAAACUACUCAGAAAGAGUUAAAAACGCUGAUUGUGAAACUACUAUUCUUGCCUGUAAAUUUUGUACCUGUUAAAAUAAUUAAAGUUAGAAUAUAACUUAAGAUUUAUAAUUAUAUAAAAUAUUACUUGUCAAAUUUUUCCAUUGCAUGAAUUGCAUUUUAAAUUAACUGUAAAAAAUAUUUAAUGUAGAUCUAUAA